AUUGAAUGCACAAAGAGCAACUUAUAUACCCUCAGCCUCUUAUUGGCCCACUGAAAACCGCAUAAAUAUUAAUGGUGCUUUGCUGAAUCUACCGAUUAACCGUGAUAAUCAAACUAUUUCGGAAAAAUAUGGAGGAUUGGGUUGGCAUAUAGCUCAUGAAAUAUUACACGCUGUUGAUACAUCCUACUCAUGUUGUCAAAUCAUUCAAUGUGCUGACUGGAAUACUCGAAAUCAUUUCUCACAUUUCCAUUUGUGGUAUGUGAAUCAUCGAUCACCGAUUAGCUCAUUGACAGUCUCACUCAUGUAAUGUACGAAAUUGUGUGACGCGAUGAAGAAUAAUCCCAGUGGUAUCCAGAGUUUCAGUGUAGUUUCCGACUUAGCUUAUUGAUAUCCCUCAGUGACUUCUAAGGUAUACUUAUCGAUGAGAAUGGAAAUGACAGGCCUCCCAAUAUCGCCCGCAAUGAAUUUCUUGCCCUCUUGAAGCAAACAGAAUGUCUAC